AUUUUGAGAUGGGCUUGGGCUCAAGUCAUUUUAGCAACCCAUACGUGUUGAACGUAGGCUGUUUAUUUCAUUUCUUUAGGUGUCUAUUUCUUUGUGCAUGUGUGGCCCAUUUGAUCUACGGAUAAAUUAGUAACAUUUAAGUGGAAAAUAGGGAUCUAUAUUAUUUUUAGGGAUGGGCCUGAGCCUACCUAAAAUUUUCCUAGUAGAAGAGUCUUGCACCUUAAGUGUGGGGUUGGGCCAGGAACAAACAUGGCUCAGUGCUGCGAUUGUAAUUUCAUUACUCCGCAGAAGAAGAAGAAGAAGAAGAAGAACAAAAACAGAAAAUAGAUUCCUGAAAUAGUAGAAGACUGGAAUCAAAGGGUUUCCUUGCUUUGCGAAAUGGCGGACAAGAUGGAGAACGAAGCCAGCAGCAGCGGCGGUGGCAGCAGGGGCGAAAGCAUCGUCAUCGAUCACGGCCGCUUCUUGAGUCCUUGUGGUUACUGCAAUUCCGGAGGAUUUACCAGUUGCUCUCACGGUUUACAGGCUCACAGCAUUACAGUUGAUGACUACCAAGAACUUCUUGACCGAGGCUGGAGGAGAUCUGGGUCAAUUCUUUACAAACCUGAGAUGGAAUUGACAUGCUGCCCCUCAUAUACCAUCCGUCUCAAGGCACGUGAUUUUGUUCCCAAUAAAGAGCAAAUUCGUGUGUCGAGACGAAUGCAAAGGUUUUUAGAUGGCACACUCAAUAUGAAAAAGCCAGACAAGGUUGAGGAUGAGCCCAACUCUUGUCGGGAUCUAGGCAGCUUGGUCAGUAAUGCAUCUUCAAGCACAAUGGUGUCAAAAUCCAUCGCAAAGGAAUCCCCUGCUGGGGGUUGUGGAGAGAAACAUAGGGCUGAAGAAUAUAUUCAGUAUUUAUCCAGCAGAGUUGAUAAUGCUGUAAGGACAUGUGUGGAAAGGGGUGAAAUUCCUUCUUCUGUUCGACUCCCCAAGGCUAUUGUUAAAAAAGUGACACCACUAGCCAAGAAGAAGCUAAUUGAAAUAUGUGGAGAUCUAUUGUACACUAGCAACAUUUCAUUUCAGAUUGCAGCAGUGCUGAGACGGUCUCAAUCGGCAGAAAAGGAUGCUAACCAAUUAGGGUUAUCAAAGAGCAAUGUUACUGAAAGUGGGCAACUGCUGGAGGUUUCACCUAAACUUGUUGCAGAGAUACUUGCAUGCUUGUUAGAUCAGCAGGGAGACCUCUCCAGCCUGUUAAUCAAAGCUUGCAAUGGGCACCUUAAUUUUUAUUCCAAUACCACUGAAAUCGGUUCACAUGAAGCAUCUGCCAAUUUCAGCUCUUCUGCCCAAUCUUCUGGAGGCAGUGGAGCUAAAGCCAAAUGCAGUAUUGUGAUUGAUAACCAUGGCUUCUCUCAACAUAAAAGGCGAAGACUUGACAUUUGUUUGAAAAGGUCAAGUUUUGAUCCUGAAGAAUAUGCUUUAUAUAGAAGAUAUCAAAUUCGAGUGCAUAACGAUAAACCAGCUGAAGUCACGGAAAUCUCAUACAAAGAAUUUUUGGUGGACACUCCCAUAGUUUUUGUUCCACCAUCUGGUGAUGGGACUGUUCCACCUUGUGGUUUUGGUUCUUUCCAUCAGCAGUAUGUGAUUGAUGGGCAACUUGUUGCAGUUGGUGUGGUGGAUAUCCUUCCGAGAUGUUUGUCAAGCAAAUAUUUGUUCUGGGACCCAGAUCUUGCCUUCUUAUCACUUGGGAAUUAUUCAGCUCUGCAAGAAAUAAAUUGGGUCAAGGAGACUCAAGCCCACUGUCCUAGUCUUCAGUACUAUUAUCUUGGUUAUUAUAUUCAUUCCUGCAGCAAGAUGAGAUACAAAGCCGCAUACCGUCCAUCUGAACUUCUAUGCCCACUUCGUUACCAGUGGGUUCCAUUUGAUACUGCAAAGCCAUUACUGGAUAAAAAAUCAUAUGUUGUCCUAUCUGAUUUUGCAAACUUGGAGAAUUGGGCAUCUUCCCCACUCCAGGCUGCAGAAAAUGCCAUUGAACAAGCAUGCAUUCAGCCUUGUCAAGGGGACCAGAUUGAGUCUCAUAGAGAGGAAGAGUCUCCUAGUGAGGAAGACGAGGAAAUGAAUCCUGAUUUUGAAGUUGACUUCGGCCCAGAAACCAGUGGCAUGGAAGUUGUGCAUGAAUUGGAAGCUGACGACAUUAGUAAUAUUGUUUUGGAUUUGCAUGGGGUUCGUCUGAAAUACAAGGAUUUACAACGAGCAUUUCAUCCCAGCGGCAAAAAGAGGAAUAUGGAUUCGUUAGAACUGCAAUUGCAUAGAUACAUGAGAGCAGUGGGUGCUGGACUCUCCCGUUGCAUGGUUUACUCCCUUUGAUAACUUCCCACUAAUUUAUGAAAUAUGUGUGUCAAUUGGGGACUGAAAAUGCAUCCAUCCAUAAGCUGAAGCUACAGCCCUAAUGGAAGUUAUUGGUUUCUGGGUAUUGUUUUAUUGGAUCCAUUUUGAAUGGGUACAGAUUCUUGUUCUGGUUUCA